AUGUCCAGUUUUUUUAACAAGCUGAAACCCGGCGUGGCCGCCGCCAAUAACGCCAACAAUGUGUCGCCAAGCAAGCGGAAGGACGAGGUCGUCCCAGAGGCGACCCCCUUGGAGAAGAUGCUCCAUAAUGCUGGUGCCAUACGAGACGACGGAACCGACAAGUUCUUCGGCCUCGAAAAUCUAUUGCAAUUCCAUAGUUCAAGCUCUCUUCUACUCCGAAGUCUUCCGAGAGAACGUCAUCCGAUUCCCACCAUAUUCGCCAUCCAGUACCCCAAACGGACAACCGCGAAAGGUGAAUGUACAGAUCCGGCCACCGUUGAACGGCACAGCCGGAGGAACGGCGCCAGGGUCUGUUCCGGCAGCAGCCGCAGGAGGAGGUAUCACCAAAAAAAUACUCUUCCCCCUCAACCUUUCAAGCCACGACCUCUGGUCGGACCGGGCCAGCCACCCAGUGGCCAACAGGCUAUGCGCCCCGAAGACAAGCCCGACUCACCAGAAUACAAAAAGAAACAGGCCAUGAUAAAGGGGCCGGUUUUGGAGCUAGCACAGGAGAAUGCAGGCGCGUACGGGAUGGAUGAGUGCACCUUUACCGGCCUAAAAGACAUAUUUAUGGCCUUUAUCGAGAGCAAUUCCCGCACAGGCGUUCUCAGCCCAUUGCGCUUUCUGGAGCUAUUCCGGCAGGCCAACGAGUCAUUCAAGACUGCGAUGCACCAGGAUGCACACGAGUUCUAUGGCCUGGUUCUGAACGACGUCAUCAAGAACAUCGAGGCCGCCUCGAGGCAAUUCCGCGAACGCGAGGAUCUACGCAGCCAGAGCGACCUGAAGGCUUCGGUGGAGGCGGUCCUCGGCAGUGUUGACGGCAUACCACCCUCUGCGCUCUCCCCCUACGACGGCACGACAACGCCCGGCUCGGGCUGGGUGCAUGAUAUAUUCGAAGGCGUGCUCACGUCGGAGACGAGAUGCCUGACGUGCGAGACAUCGUCUCAGCGAGACGAGACAUUCUUAGACCUGUCGAUCGACCUCGAGGAGCACUCGUCCGUUACAUCCUGCCUGAGGAAAUUCUCUGCCGAAGAGAUGCUUUGCGAGCGUGACAAGUUCCACUGCGACACCUGCGGCGGAUUGCAGGAAGCAGAGAAGCGCAUGAAGAUCAAGCGUCUGCCAAAGAUCCUGGCGUUGCACCUGAAGCGCUUCAAGUAUGCCGAGAAUUACACAAAGUUGGAGAAGCUUUUCCACCGGGUGGUCUACCCGUACCAGCUGCGCAUGUUCAACACCACGGACGACGCACAAGACCCAGACCGGUUGUACGAGCUGUAUGCGGUGGUGAUACACAUUGGGGGCAAUGCGUACCACGGGCACUACGUGGCAGUCAUCAAGACGAAGGAGCGUGGAUGGCUGCUGUUUGACGACGAGAUGGUGGAACCUGUGGACAAGCACUAUGUGCGGAAUUUCUUUGGUGACAAGCCGGGAACUGCCUGUGCCUACGUUCUCUUCUACCAGGAGACGACGUUUGAGAAGGUGCAGGCAGAACAGGAGGCCGAAGGGCUUGAAGAGAUCAAGCUGGCCAGCCAGAGUGCCGGUCUGGCGCUGUCUCCCGAAGGAAGCCACGCCCACCUGAACGGCAACGGCGAAAACCUUGUUCGACAGGCGACCCAGCCGGCCCUGCACACGGUGGACGAUCACGACGAGCUUUUGAAUCUGGAGCAUGCACGGACAGCACCAGGGGCUGUGUUCGGUGCGGCUCCUGCGAUACCGCCGGUGCCACAUUUACCGACAAGCCCGACAUCAGCUGUAGCACAUGCGGUGGCGACGGAGAAGGCACUGGGGGCGAAAUUGGAAGCGGCACGAUGCAAGGAAGAGAAGGAGAAACAAAAGAAGGAGGCCAAGGCAGCGGAGAAGGCGCGCAAGAUGCAGGAGAAGGAGCACAGCAAGGGGAUGGAGCGGUCACGAAAGGAGCGGGAAGCGCAGCGCAAAGCGGAGCAAGAAGAAAUGCGGCGGGUACUUGCAGCCAGCAAGCAUACGGCGGCCGAGGAAAAAGAGGCGCGUAAGAACAGUCUGGACGCGGCAGCAGCAGCAGCAGCGGCAGCGCCUAUCUCAUCGUCAGCUCCAACGAGCGCGGGAAGCCCCCGAGGGUCGAGCUUUCUGGGCCGCAACGGACGAGGCAGCAAGUCGAUGUCGCGCAGGAGCUUUGCCUUUCUCGGCAAGGACAGAGAGAAGUUUGAGCCGUCAUUUGGCGUCGAGCAUGGCGUCAAUGGGAGCGCAAACGGAUUUGCAACAGGAUCAACACAGAAGCCGGCACCGGCGUCACUGUUACCGCAGGCCCCACCAUCACACGGCGAGAGGCAGCUGAAGGACAGGUUCAGCUUCAGCCUGGGCCGCAAGAAGAGCAACACGUUUCUCCCGUAG